GCGAACGCGGACCGCUCUCGCUCGCCAUGAACCUCUUUCGUCUGUUUGGGGACCUUUCCCACCUGGCCUCAAUAUUCAUCCUCCUGCAUAAGAUUCGGACGACGCGGUCAUGUAGAGGCAUCUCUUUCAAGACGCAAGCACUAUACGUCGCCGUCUUCGUCUCGCGCUACCUCGAUAUCCUCUGGGAAUGGGUCUCGCUCUACAACUUUGUGAUGAAGGUUUUCUUCAUCGCGAGCAGCUGCUUCAUUCUCUAUCUCAUGAAGAUGAAAUACCGCCCGACCCAUGACCCGUCCAUUGACACCUUCCGCGUCGAGUUUCUCGUCGGCCCGUGCGCCCUGCUCGCGCUCAUCUUCAAUUACAAGUUCACCUUCACAGAGGUCCUCUGGUCCUUGUCCAUCUUCCUCGAGUCUCUUGCCAUCCUCCCACAACUAUUCAUGCUCCAGCGGACUGGCGAAGCUGAGACGAUCACGACACAUUACCUGGCCGCGCUGGGCGCAUAUAGAGCUCUCUACAUUCCCAACUGGAUCUACAGGUACUUCUCUGAAGGCGUUGUUGACCCCAUUGCUGUCACCGCAGGUCUCGUGCAGACUGCCCUGUAUGCGGACUUCUUCUACGUGUACUUCACAACGGUGAUACAAGGGCAGAAGUUUGAGUUACCAGCAUAAAAUAGUUGUAUAUAGUCAACGUAAUACUGCGGUUCGCAAUCGAUUGCGCAUUU